AUGUAUAUCUGCCACAGUCAUGACCUCCUGGCUGACCCACCACACUGUGUAUCGUGGUUCAGUGACCCACCACACUGUGUAUCAUGGUUCAGUGACUCCCCACACUGUGUAUCAUGGUUCAGUGACUCCCCACACUGUGUGUCAUGGUUCAGUGACUCCCCACACUGUGUAUCAUGGUUCAGUGACUCCCCACACUGUGUGUCAUGGUUCAGUGACUCCCCACACUGUGUAUCAUGGUUCAGUGACCCACCACACUGUGUAUCAUGGUUCAGUGACUCCCCACACUGUGUGUCAUGGUUCAGUGACUCCCCACACUGUGUGUCACUGUUCAGUGACUCCCCACCCUGUGUAUCAUGGUUCAGUGACCCACCACACUGUGUAUCAUGGUUCAGUGACCCACCACACUGUGUGUCAUGGUUCAGUGACCCACCACACUGUGUGUCACUGUUCAGUGACUCCCCACACUGUGUGUCAUGGUUCAGUGACUCCCCACACUGUGUGUCACUGUUCAGUGACUCCCCACACUGUGUAUCAUGGUUCAGUGACUCCCCACACUGUGUCUCAUGGUUCAGUGACUCCCCACACUGUGUAUCAUGGUUCAGUGACUCCCCACACUGUGUAUCAUGGCUCAGUGACUCCCCACACUGUGUGUCAUGGUUCAGUGACUCCCCACACUGUGUGUCACUGUUCAGUGACUCCCCACCCUGUGUAUCAUGGUUCAGUGACCCACCACACUGUGUAUCAUGGUUCAGUGACCCACCACACUGUGUGUCAUGGUUCAGUGACCCACCACACUGUGUGUCACUGUUCAGUGACUCCCCACACUGUGUGUCAUGGUUCAGUGACUCCCCACACUGUGUGUCACUGUUCAGUGACUCCCCACACUGUGUAUCAUGGUUCAGUGACUCCCCACACUGUGUCUCAUGGUUCAGUGACUCCCCACACUGUGUAUCAUGGUUCAGUGACUCCCCACACUGUGUAUCAUGGCUCAGUGACCCACCACACUGUGUAUCAUGGUUCAGUGACUCCCCACACUGUGUAUCAUUGUUCAGUGACUCCCCACCCUGUGUAUCAUGGUUCAGUGACUCCCCACCCUGUGUAUCAUGGUUCAGUGACCCACCACACUGUGUGUCGUGGUUCAGUGACCCACCACACUGUGUAUCGUGGUUCAGUGACUCCCCACACUGUGUGUCAUGGUUCAGUGACUCACCACACUGUGUAUCGUGGUUCAGUGACUCCCCACACUGUGUGUCAUGGUUCAGUGACUCCCCACACUGUGUGUCGUGGUUCAGUGACCCACCACCCUGUGUAUCAUGGUUCAGUGACUCCCCACCCUGUGUAUCGUGGUUCAGUGACUCCCCACACUGUGUAUCAUGGUUCAGUGACUCCCCACCCUGUGUAUCAUGGUUCAGUGACUCCCCACACUGUGUAUCAUGGUUCAGUGACUCCCCACACUGUGUAUCAUGGUUCAGUGACUCCCCACACUGUGUAUCAUGGUUCAGUGACUCCCCACACUGUGUAUCGUGGUUCAGUGACUCCCCACACUGUGUAUCGUGGUUCAGUGACUCCCCACACUGUGUGUCAGGUGUGUGA